AUGCCGUGGGAGGCCGACCAGAUACUCAACGCCCUGCUGGAGGAGCAGAUCGAGAGCGUGCGGACCAAGUGCGAGCUGACCAAGUCCCAGUGCGAGUCUCUCUGCGAGAAGGCCCGCGAGGUGCUGCAGGAGGAGUCCAACUGCCAGCCAGUGCGGUGCCCCGUGACGGUGUGCGGCGACAUUCACGGGCAGUUCCUGGAUCUGAAGGAGCUCUUCUGCAUCGGUGGAAGCCCUCCAGAGACGAACUAUUUGUUUUUAGGCGACUACGUCGACCGCGGCUACUACUCGGUCAAGACGGUGACGCUCAUGUUCCUUUACAAGACGCGCUACAAGGAACGCUUCACCCUGCUGCGCGGGAACCACGAGAGCAGGCAGAUCACGCAGGUGUACGGUUUCUUCGACGAGUGCAUGCAAACGUACAGUUGUGCGGAUGUUUGGAAGAUGUUCACCGAUACGUUCGAUUAUUUGCCCGUGACGGCGGUGAUCGAGAACCAGAUCAUAUGCAUGCACGGAGGGUUGUCGCCUUCGCUUGACUCCCUGGACAAUAUUCGCCAGCUCGACCGCAUCCAAGAAGUGCCCCACGAAGGCCCAAUGUGCGACCUGCUGUGGUCCGACCCCGACGACAGGUGCGGCUGGGGUAUCUCCCCGCGCGGCGCCGGGUACACCUUCGGGCAGGACAUCUCUGAGCAGUUCAACCAUGCCAACGGGCUGAAGCUCAUCGCCCGGGCCCACCAGCUCGUGAUGGAGGGGUACAACUGGGGCCAUGACCGCAACACCGUGACCAUCUUCUCGGCCCCCAAUUAUUGCUACCGGUGCGGGAACCAGGCGGCGGUCAUGGAGAUCGACGAGCACCUGAAGUACACGUUCCUGCAGUUCGACCCGCCGCCCCACCAGAAGGAGCCGAGCACACAGGGGCGGUCGCCAGACUACUUCCUGUGA